AUGUCUUCUGCUGUGAGCUGCUCUUGGAUGUCAACGGGUGUGGCAAUGCCGUCUCCAUUGGUGCUGUUGAUGGGUGGGUCGAAUACUGGUUUGAAUGCUUUGUUCAAGAACUCAAUUGUCUUGGAGAAUUCAGCUUGCGUAAUCUUGCUAGUGGCAUCAGUAGUUCCUUGGAUAACUAGUCUCAACAAAUUAGUUAUGAGAAAUGCUCAAAGUCUAUUAUCCUAGAGGAACCUACCCGGUCUGAAGAAGCUGAAAGCUCUGUCAAAGUCGUCCUCGCCGUAAUCAGCCAAUACCGACUGCCCCUGGUUUCGCAUCUGUUUGUAUGCGCUCAAUACAACAAUCAAGAACCGUGCAUAACCAUGCUUGAUCUUAUUAGAAUGCCAUUCAGCUGCGGUAACCUCAUCUACAUCACCUUUGAUGCUGGCAGCGAUAGUGGUGCCUGCAGAGAGGCCACCAGUUCCCGCAAGAUGGACGCCGGAGGAAAAAAAGGGAUCGAUAAAGCAACCUGCAUCACCGACGAUUCUGGCGUAAGGUAA